UUCUGAAUGCAACACUCAGAACAGACUCUGUCAGUGCAGGGACUCUUAAGGUAAUCUGGGUUGAAACCCCGACAGCAUCGUGUCUCUGAUUUUACAAAACUUUGAACAACAUGGAGGACGAUCUGAGUAUCAACAAGAGGAGAGCUGGUGAUGAUGUACAGAGACCCAGAAAAAAGAUGAGGUACCGUAGCCUCAACAGUGCCACUGGACACAGUGACGUGCCAGUGGAGGACAAGAACUUGAACAGCGCCUCAUCUGAGGAGGAGAGCAUCUUUGAGAUGUCCUCCUCAGGAAACACAAGCAGAGCUCAUUUUAGGAACAAAUACUAUGAGCAUGUGUCGAUCGGAGCAGGAGGCUUCGGCUCAGUGUAUAAUGGCUGGUGUAAAAGAGACCUUUCCUUAGUGGCCAUCAAGCAUAUUGACAGAGACAAUGUGAGAUGGCAACAAGUGAGUUGCAAUGGGAAGGAGUUUAAAGUCAUUCUUGAGGUCGCCCUCAUGCUGAAAGCUGCCGGUCUACCAGGAUCAGUUGGACAGCCUGCUGCGGUAUCCCUUCUGGACUGGUACCUUCUGGACGAGGAGAUAAUACUGGUUAUGGAAAAUCCAACCAACUCCGUGGACCUCUGGGCAUACCUUCAAUCACAGGGAGGAUCCCUGAGUGAACAUGAGGCAAAGAUCAUCCUGAAGCAGCUGGUGGACGCAGCCAUCGACCUGCACUCAAAGGGAAUCUUUCACCGGGACAUCAAGCUACAGAAUGUCUUGAUCCAAAAGGUUUCUGGUGUGCUAAGAGUGCGUAUCAUCGACUUUGGCUGUGGCCUCUUCUCAAAGGAGACGCCUUACAAGUCCUUCUGUGGUACCCUUGCAUACUGCCCUCCAGAGUGGUUUGAUUAUCAGAAAUACUGGGCCCGUCCCACCACUGUUUGGCAGCUUGGCGGGGUCUUCUAUUCUCUGCUCAGUGGACAUAAGGAUUUUACGACCCUAGACUUCAUCGACAAACACAUUGAAGUCAAUGCAGCACUGUCCACAGACGUGAAGAUUUUGCUGUACAUGUGUCUGGCUGUAGACCCUACGUUGCGAUCCACUCUGGAGGAGCUAAAGAACAGCCGCUUCCUCAACAACCUAGCCCUUUGUCUACCCAGCGUCACUUGGUGACCUAGGUUCAGGUAGCUUCCUCCCACCACCAUGGUCAGGAACUAAUGCUGCUGGUGGAUUGAAAACAACAAUGGACUACAAAAUUAUAAAAACGCUACUGGACUGUUCUGAAAAGGUUGUGUGUGGGUCCUCUCUGGGUGCUCGGGCUUUCUGCCAGGCUUUAUGAUCUCGCCGGUUAA